AUGAGUCAAUAAUAAUAAUAUAAAGGAAAAUGUAAUUGCCCUUUUUGCUCUAGAUUUAAUAAAAUGUAGGGAGAAAUAAACAGAGAUGAAAUAGAGGAAUCUAAAGAAAAUUAAUCUAAUUCAUAUUCCUAAAAUUAUUAAUAAUAUGAAAAAUUAAAAAGUUCAUAAGUAUAACAAGAUGAAAAUGACCAAAAUUAAUAUGUUUAAAAUAACCAAUAAUAUGAAAUCUAACAAAAUUAAAAUGAUUAAAAUAACCAAAAUAAUCCCUUAUAUGACUAACCAUUUAAAUUUGAAGUAAAUCAUAAUAUAGAUAAUGAUUUAUAAAUGAUUAAAGAUUGGAUAGGUCAAUUUUCUAAUUUAAAAGAUGUUCAACAAUAAAACGAAGCCAGUCAUGAUUUUAUGCAAAAUUUUGUGACAUAAUACCCUACCUCUGAUUUAUCAUUACCAGAUAUUUCCUUUCAUUUCAAACCUGAUGGAUCAUAAGCUAUCCUCUUUAGCAUUUUCUGUUAACCUGAAAUACUAUAAAAGUGUGUAGCUAAAAGAAAUGAUAUAGCGGAAUUAUUUUAUGACUCAAUAGGUUUCACUAUACUUUUAGUUAUUAAGCCUAAAAUUGACUAUAAGAAUUUUGACUAAAAACAUUAAGAAUUUAAUUCUAAUGAGAUACCUCUGGAGGUUUUUAUUUCUAACAAGUUUGAGAGUUAAUAAAAGAUCUUAUACAAAAUAGGCUUGUAAGCAAAAAGGUAAAUAAAGGUAUUCCCUCAAAUCUAAAAUUUAAGACUUAGAAGAGAUUUAAAUGAAUUGUUUGAGUGUUUAGAUGAUAAAUUUGAAUUUAACUAUUCUAAUUGCAGUGAUCACUGUUUCGCUUACUACACUUAGUCAGAUAAUUUAAAUUAGCUUGAAGGCUUGAUCAUAGGUCCACAAGACACUCCUUACGAAGGAAUACCCUACACUGUUACUAUUUAAAUACCUGAUUAAUACCCUAUUGAGCCUCCCAAAGUUACUUUCAACUAGUAAAUUCUGCAUCCAAACAUCAGUGAAUAAGGAGAAAUAUGUCUAAAUAUUCUCUAAGAUAAAUGGAGUACAGUGCUUACCAUUUAAAAAGUGCUUGUAAGUAUAGUCAGUUUACUUUAUGAAAAGAAUUUAGAUGAUGUUUAUAAUCACUAUGCAAAAACCCUAUAUCAAGAAGAUCCUGAAGAAUACAAAACUUUAAUUAAAAAAUAAUCCAUAUUGCAAGAUAGCCAAAAGCUAAAAAUUGACUUCAAAUAAUUGGCAAAAGUACCCAUAAAUGAAUAAAAUGGAUAUGAUGAAUAUGAAAAUAACGAUGGCUAUAAUACUUAUGAAGGAUAUGAUGAUGAUGAUUACUAAUAUAUGGAUAUAGAAGAUGAAUGA